CGCCUCUCUAGAGGGCGGGGCAACACCGUUCUCCCUCUUUCUUUGGAGCGCCGUCGAGAAAAUGACCACGAGGUUCAAGAAGAACCGCAAGAAGCGCGGUCACGUCAGCGCCGGCCAUGGUCGCGUUGGCAAGCACCGCAAGCACCCAGGUGGUCGCGGUAACGCUGGUGGCCAGCACCACCACCGCAUUAUGAUGGACAAGUACCACCCUGGCUUCUUCGGCAAGGUCGGUAUGCGCCACUUCCACUACGCGCGGAACAAGUACCACUGCCCCAUCAUCAACCUGGACAAGCUCUGGACCCUGGUUGGCGAGGAGGCCCGCGAGCAGGCUGCCAAGGACAAGAGCUCGGCCGCCGUCAUCGACGUGACCAAGUACGGCAUCAGCAAGGUCCUGGGCAAGGGCCAGCUGCCCGAGCAGCCCGUGGUGGUGAAGGCCAAGUUCUUCUCCUCCCUGGCGGAGAAGAAGAUCCGCGCCGUCGGCGGCGACUGCAUCCUCACCGCCUAAGCGUGUGCGCGGCUUUGCGUGUGUCGCGUCUGGGGCUCGGCGGCCCGUGGUUUGCGUCGUGUGUGCGCCGCAUUUGCGCGCGUAGCUGCCCAGCUGCGCAAUAGAGAGGUCCAGUCGGCGCUCGUUCGCGGAUGUACCUGCCCGGCGUGGGCGCUCAAGGAGCGAUGGCGCGGCGGCGCGCCGGUGAAUGCCACGGCUGUGUAAAGUGCACAAUCGACAAUAUUGAACUGCUAUGCCCCAUGCCCGUGCCCUCAGCAGCUGCAGUUCGCCAUGGAGAGUGUUGGGGUAGUCGAAAGAUGACCUCGCAUGCAGGGGCCAAGGGGGUUUUGCGCAGCAGCAUCCACUCAUCCAGACGGGCUGCGGGGUUGUAAUGUGGCACCGUGUGGCAUGGCGUAUCAGUACAGCACUCAGUUUAUACGCGAACAGCGGCUGUUUACCAUAAACGGAUCUGGCAUUCCAUAGCCAGGCCACAGCAGCUCUCGGAUACCCCGAGCUGGGUCAAACCAGAUUGCCAUGGCCUUACUCCCGCUAUACAACUUACU